AUGUGCUUGUUUUAUUCGAAAGCACCAAUUUCUCCAUUAGUUGGAUAUGCAGAUGCCGGCUAUCUUUCUGAUCCACAUAAAGCUUAUUUACAAACAGGAUAUGUGUUUACCUGUGGCGGCACUGCUAUAUCAUGGCGAUCAAUGAAACAGACAAUGAUUGCAACUUCUUCAAAUCAUUCUGAGAUACUCGCAAUUCAUGAGGCAAGCAGGGAAUGCAUUUGGCAUGAAGAAGAGUUUAUCAAGAAAAUUGUUGAAAAGAUUUCGAGUGUACUGAAUCACACGUACUUACAUGUGGCCAUCCAUCCAGUAGGAAUAGAUUCUCCUAUGGAGUACAUGAAUUCUCUGUUACGUGCUAGAACUAAUGAUGUCCGCAUGGUGGUGAUAUGUGGGAUUGGUGGAAAAGGCAAGACAACUAUUGCCAAAGCUGUUUUUAAACAUCUGUUCCAUAGUUUUGAAAGCAAAAGUUUUCUGGCAAAUGUUAGAGAGAAUUCAAAGCACCAUAAAACACAAAUUUGUUUGCAAAAGCAGCUUCUUUAUGAUAUACUAAAGAUAGAAGUCAGAGAGGUGGGCAGUGUUGAUCAAUGUAUCGAGGUGAUAAAAAAUAGGCUAUGCAAUAAAAGGGUCCUUAUUCUUGAUGAUGUGGAUCAACCAGACCAACUAACUGCGUUUAUUUUCCACUUAGACAAAGCCAGAAAAGAUUUUUUUGGUUCGGGAAGUAGAAUUAUCAUAACAACUAGGAACCAGCAUCUGCUAAAGCAUACCGGAGUAAAUGAUACUUAUAUGGUUGAUGAUUUGAUUGACAAUGAAUCUCUUGAGCUCUUUAGUUGGCAUACCUUUGACAGGAGUGACCCUGGAAGAGGUUAUGUUCAGCUCUCAAAAGAUGUAAUAGGUUACUCCCAAGGAUUGCCCUUAGCCCUUGAAGUUUUGGAUUACGCCACAAAAAUACUAGAUGGCUGUGGUUUUUCCGCAACAAGUGGUAUUGGUGUUCUCACUCGUAGGUGCCUUUUAACAAUAAACAAAGGUAACCUUAUGAUGCAUAAUCUGCUUAGAGAUAUGGGAAGGGAAAUUGUUUGCCAAGAGCCUGUUAACUACCCUGGACAACGUAGCAGAUUGUGGCAUUGUGAGGAUAUUAUUAAUGUUGUAAAAAAUUGCAUGGAAACAGACCAAAUUGAAGGCCUAGCUAUUGGACCAAUGAACGAAGUCAUGAAAGAUGAAGCAUUUAAGAGAUUACAAAAUCUAAGAUUGCUACAACUCAAUUUUGUGAACAUUGCUGGAAACUGUGAACAUCUUUCUAAAGAAUUAAGAUGGCUAUACUGGCAUGGAUUCCCUCUGAAUUCAAUACCAAAGAAUUUCUAUCAAGAGAAGCUAGUUGCUCUUGACAUGUAA